AAACGGGGCAAUUAAUAUUAUUCACCAAAACACGCCUUGGAACUGGAGUUUUGCAGCCGACUGAAGAAUGUGGGUGGGGGGUGAAUGGAAAGAAAGAAAAAGCCAUUUGCCUGGAGCGAGUCUGGCGGUAGAAAUCACAAGGCAACCCAAAUUUAUGCCAACCAGCUCCCUGAUGACAGGUGUUGGAGCUACACCUACAACCCAAAUAGAAGAAACGACGCAUGAAUUUAUGCUUCUAAAUGAAAGUUACUCGAAAUCCCACUUGGGAUGAUAUGCCUUUUCAUAAUUUCUCACAUAUAAAUAAUUAGUUUGAUUCUUUUAUGCAGUGUAAUAUAUUCACCCUUGAAACUUGACAGAGUACAUUUUGAACUACAAAAUUCCUUUUCUUUCAAGUUUUGCUCCUCGGGGCCCUUUUGCUUCAGUAAACUUGGGUGUAAACAAGAUUUAGACCAAUGGGUUCUAAUCUUUCUCUCUCUAUUUCUUUUUUAUUACUAUAAUCGAAGUUUAGUAUUGGUGUGGAGCCACACCAACCCACAAUGUAAAUUACAUUAUUUUCUGUGUAUUAUACCUGUUCACACACAAGCGACUCAGUCAGAAUCACAUCUCCUCUGUUCUGUCUCUCCCUCUCCCUCUCUGUCUGUAUCUCUUUCUUUAGUUUAUCCCACGCCCAUGGCUAAAGACCUGAGAGUGAAGAUUCUAGAGCAUUGCCAAGUUUCUCCACCACCGGAUUCAGUUAAUCCGCAAACUUCCCUGAUCCCCUUAACUUUCUUUGACGUACCAUGGCUCUUCUUUCCUCCAACCCAACCUCUCUUCUUCUAUCCAUACCCUUACUCUACUUCUCACUUUUUGUCGGCUACUCUCCCAACCCUCAAGCAAUCUCUUUCUCUCACUCUCCAACACUUCUUUCCUUUCGCCGGCCACCUCGUCUUGGACUCUAAGUCAAACCGUCCCAAGAUUGUUUACAACGAAAAACACAGCUUUGUUUCAUUAACUUUUGCCGAGUCUAAUGCUGAUUUUCAUUAUAUAUCAGGCGAUCGUCCUCGAGAUGUCGAAGAGUUCCAUCCACUUGUACCUUCGCUAGAACGCAGCCUGCAGUCAAGUGAUGACGAAAACGAAGCACUACCUUUGCUUGCAGUAAAAGUCACAGUAUUUCCGAAUUCUGGUUUGUGCAUAGGACUUGCUUAUCACCAUGUGGCCGCUGAUGGAAGGACGUUCGACAAUUUCAUCAAGACAUGGGCAUCAUUCCAUAAAGAUUCUUCUUUCUUGAUCACGGCCAUGCCAUCUUAUGAUCGGACGUUGGUAAUUGACAAGCAUGGUCUUGAGGCGAUUUUCUUGAAAGAAUGGAGGAAGAAAAAGUCUGCAGAACAUGAAAUGGUUAUAGUUACCAAAAGCAAAGCAGAGUUUUCAAAUAAGGUUAGAGCCACAUUCGUGAUGGGGUUGACAGAAAUGGAGAAAAUCAAACGAUGGAUUGUUACCGAAUGCAAGAAGAAAAAUCUGCGAGAGCCCGUUCAUUUAUCUCCUUAUGUUGUAACAUGUGCUUUUGUUUGGGGUUGUUUGAUGAAAGCUGCUUGCAACGAGGGGGUGGCUGACAAGUAUCCUAAUGAUUAUCCAAGUUAUUUGGGGUUUAAUGCGGGCGGUCUAAGCCGUUUCGACUGUCGUGUUCCAUCUACAUACUUUGGCAAUUGUGUUGGAUUCGGCAGGUGCGAGGCUACAAGGGGAGACUUAAUGGGAGAAAACGGCAUCAUUUUGGCUGCUAAAGCCAUAGGAGACACGGUUAAGAAGUUGGACAAAGCAUUACUCGGGGAAGCUGAAAGGUGGAUUUCGGACUGGGAGGUCUUUUACAGGUCUGAGCCCCAUAUGAUGGUAGUAGGGUCGCCUAAGGUGCAUCUGUACGAGACAGAUUUUGGGUGGGGGAGGCCUAACAAAAUAGAGGAGAUUUCAAUUGAUCAAUGCGGAGCCAUUUCACUUACUGAGAGCAGAUGUGAGAGAGGUGGGAUUGAAGUGGGAUUAGCUCUUCCAAAGCCCCAAAUGGAUACGUUUACCUCUCUCUUCGAUCAAGGUCUCAAAGCUAAAAUGUAGAAUAAUGCGGAGAAAAAGUUUCAUGGACCACUCCACGAGCUUUGCUUUUGGGAACGAAUAAAACAAAUACUUGGGGUAGGUGGAGGUUGGCCCUCUUCUCUUAUAACCCUAGUAUUUCAACACCACAUGAUCCAAAUUGCUCUGCACCGCAAAGUUGCUUGAUACAAUAUCUUGGGUUUGAUGUCACCCUGUCAACGCCAAAUGAAGUUAUCAAAAAUAGGAGGGCAAGAAAUUGGAUGAGGUGUUGAGUUGUAGGAGGCAGGAAUAAGUCAAGAAUCUGUUGAAAAAUGUGGGUAUUGCUAGUCUUUUACUUGUCAGCUCACUUGAGUCUCCGAUUUGCAAAUGAAAGUCCAAUGCAUGUUUGCAUCGCUUUGUUCCUAUAUCUUUGAAAAUUAAGUUUUUCCGUGUGCGUAACGUCCAGCUGUUUCUGAUGCUUCUUCCUGAUUACAAGCAGCUGCUGUCAUUGUAGUUAUAGCGAAAGUAUCACACGGUAUUCUAUUGUAAUACUUAUAACCUUUUUGAAAGUUAAGGCAUCAAUAAUUAAAGCGUCAU